AUGUCAGAUGAAAAUAUCUCAGAUUUAUCAUUCAUUGAUGAAAGUGUAAUAACCGGAUCCAUUACAUCUUUAACAGGAAAUAGUGUAGAUUUACCAGCAUCGAAUUCUACACAUUCAAAUUCAUUUGCGUUUUCUCCCCAGUCAGAUAUUAUUGGUAAAAUCAGCCGACAAUUACAAGAAUUAAAUGUUGGUAUGAGUCAGCUCAAUGAUGGUAUGACAAAACUUAAUGAUGGGAUGGUUAAACUUACCGAUGGUAUGAUAAUACUUAAUGAUGGGAUGGUUAAGCUUAAUGAUGGUAUGACAAAACUUAAUGAUGGUAUGGUUAAACUUACUGAUGGUAUGAUAACACUUAAUGAUCGGAUGGUGAAGAUUGAUGAUGGUAUGAUAAAACUUAAUGAUAGGAUGGUGAAGAUUGAUGAUGGUAUGGUAACACUUAAUGAUAGGAUGGUGAAGAUUGAUGAUGGUAUGAUAAAAGUUAAUGAUGGAAUGUUAAAAUUGAAUGAUCAAAAGAAAUUAUUAAUUCAAAUAACAUUACCAUUCAUCGUAAGUUAG